GCGCGUCGCGGAGAGGAGUAGGAGUAAGUAUACCUAGCCGCUGUGUGGCUUUCUUUUACGGAUGACGUCAGAAACGUGACGUGCGUCACGUCGUUUUUGUGGGCAAAUUCGAUGAGCGAGGGAUGCAGCGGCGGCAGCGAACGCACAAAAGCAGUAGUAGCCCGUUCCAAUCGAAGCGGAGUAUAGUAGGCUCGCUCGGAGCAGCUCAGUCGUUCGUCAUCGACUAGUCGUGCAACACCCCGUAUUAUGGAUGCAUCGAUGUCAUCAUCGGCAAUUAUAAUGGGCUCCUUUCCGCAUCAGUCGUCUCACUCUCGUCCGUCGUAAAUAUCGAGCUUUAACUUUUUUAAAAAGAUUUUUGAGUGAUAGGUAGUUUUUAGUUCUCCUUGACUGAUUUCGUGUACAAGUUCAUUCGGGUAUUCCUCGCGCUGCUCCAAAAUGUGCACGUCUAUGUCCGCGGUGCUGUGUAGGGCUACCCUCAGUAGUAGUUCUUGUAUUAGUUCCUUGUCCAUCUUUGCUGGGAAGCACGUUCUGAGAAUCGCUCAGAACAGAAGAUGCCUCUGGAGUCUAUCAGGCAAGAAUUGUGUUCAGAAAAAUACCUCGAUGACUCUCUUUAAUCAAGAGAGAUUCGGCAGUGCAGGUGCAAUAUCAUCUGGAGCUGUUCCUGGAGUCUUGACCAAGACACAGGCCAAGGAGCUGGCUGUGCGGUUGACUGCAGAUGAGCGAAAAGUACUCAUUGCUGCUCUCCAGGAAUGUCAGUCCCAAAAGCUCAAGGCCGAGUAUGAAGGUCAAUUAGCAGCCUUCAGAUGGAGGAGUAAAUUUGGAAGACCAAGCAAAGUACCAUCACUGGGUGAUGUAGAUCCAACAGGAAGUUACUGUGCUGUGCCUGAUGACUGGCUAUUGAGAAAAUAUGCGGAGACAGUUCCUCAACCAACCACCAGAGAGUUAAUGCGAGUUUCAGUCGCGAACGCUAUUCCAUUCGUCGGAUUUGGAUUCCUUGACAAUGCCAUUAUGAUAAUCGCCGGUGAUUCUAUCGAAGCAACAAUGGGUGUUUUUAUAUCCCUUUCGACAAUGACUGCGGCAGCCUUCGGUAACACCAUCUCCGAUAUUUUGGGUAUCGGUUCGGCCUUCUACGUCGAGCUUCUUGCCCAAAAAAUAGGAUUUGAACCGCCUAAGCUAACACCAAUCCAACUUGAUCUGCCAAAAUCCAGACGAGCUGCGAAUUUCGGCCGAGUAUUUGGAGUAACUAUUGGCUGUCUACUAGGAAUGCUGCCACUUUUAAUUCUACAUAAAGAAGAUAAAAAAGACGAACCAGACAAAGAACCGCCUAACAAGGAGGAAGAGAAAAAAUAGGGUCCAAUUAGAAUGUAGUUAUCAAAUUUUUGUUGUACAAAUCUAUGAUGAAUUUUUAGAACUUUUAGACAUGCAUUAGCCAUUGCUGGAUACAAGUCGGCUAACGCUUCGCCAUUUUAACUGUAUACCUAAUAUUCUUAAUUAUUUUUAAAGAGUGUAAAUAGAGAAACUUUUAUGCAGUGUUUAGGAUAUUUACAAUUUAAUUUAUAAAAGAUUUAUAUAUAUGCACCGAACAAUAUUUUCUUUAUACUUAUAUAUAUAUAUAUAAAUGCUAAAAUAGCCUAGGUAAUAAUAGUCCACAACGGCGUACUUACUCUUGUUACGUUUAUUGAAAAAAUGCUUUUUUGGAGCAAAAAUACAGAAUAGAAGUCAGUACAAAAAAUAUAUCUUUGUUUUAGAGAUGAUGCUUAAUUUACUACGUUGUACAUGAUACAGUUUAAUCAUUUGUUAAUCACUCUGUCUUCUUUCACUAUCGCGCAACUGACGAUUCAAUGUAAACUUCAGUCAUAUUCAAAAUAGCUUAACUCUCGUAAAAAUUUAAAGCUAUCAUGAAAAAUAAUUUUAUUUAGAAAAUUAAGAUCGAAGGUAAAAAUUAGACUUUUUUGUUAGUUUAAAAAUAAAUUAAGUUAAAUAAUUCGUAACUUACUCUUUUUGAGUUAAACUUUUUUCAAUAUAUACUUUUAGGCUCAGACAAUCAAAAAGAAAAUUGUCUUGCAUACCAUGGCUUAGUGAGAUAUUUUAGAUAGAUAGCCAAGAUAAUAUUUCCAGUCUUGCGAGGAAAUUUUCAGACUUGAAUCAAAAGAUUUUUCUCUCAUUUUUUUAGCCUCAUUAUUGGAAUAUGGUGAAAGCAGAUCUGAUGCGAUUGAAAAAUCAGUUUUGGUAACAUGUGCACUAUUUCCAUUAGAUUUGUUAUUCCAAUAAUUUGAACAAAUUGUUGAUUUGUAAUUGGAACAACUUGCAAGCCAAAAUGUAACUGAAUCGACGAUCCAUUUCAACCCUUUUUUUCCUUCGACAGUACAAUUACUACUGUCUUGUUGUAAAACAUCCUUUUCAGAAUAAGAUUCAUUCCAAGUUUCAGGUACCUCUGAUAUCAAAUUCAAUAAUAUAUCUUCGACUUCUUCCUCAAGCUCUGUUUGGGAACUUUCAUCUGAAGAACGUGUGCACUGGAGGUUUGUUAUGCUAGUUGACUGAGUUUGCUGAUUUGAACUUAGUAUAGUUCCUGGAAGAUGAGUGGCAACCAAAGCAGAUCCUAGCAAUGUAAUUAGUCCUGCAGCAUAAGUUGCUAUGCAUAUAGAAGAUACACUGAGAAUUGUAUUUAGUAGCGCUGCUAAGUGCAUUGAAUCCAAUAAAGUGUUGAGUUCUGUGUAAGAAAA